AUGCUUCAUAUUUCUACUAGGAGGGAUAGCGCCAAAGUUGUUGCUGUUGUACCAGCUCUUGCUUUAGACUUGUUCGCAUCCCCACUUAACGAGUUCGAUUGGUGCCAUCGAUGGAGCCGCCUUCGUGUGUACCGUGCUCCGGAUGAGUCCCCUGAACAAGCGGCGGCUUCCGACCGUGUAGAGCGUAUGCUUGCAACAACCCUAACGAAGUACUUAGAGGGCUCCGACCCGUCAGUCGCCAAUUCAGUUUUUUGGGAAACGUUUGGUAAGACUCUGACGGAAUGGACCGAAUUGGCUUGUACGGAUUUGACCGAACUCACCGAGGUGACGGGGUGUCUUAAUGAUGGAGAGAUCGAGCUGGAGAUCGAAGCAGUGAGAGCCUUGAAGGAUGAGGAACGCGAAACCCUUAAGUCAAUGGUGCCGGAGAACUGGGUGCCAAUCAUCGACGAUCCAACACCCCAUUUGGAGGACCAGUUGGAUAACUUUGAUGACGAUGGAGAAUGGAGCUUCGAUGGAGAAUGGAGCUUCGAUGAUCAAUAUCAUGAAGUCAGAUAUCGACAGCCAACUAAAAAAAGAUUCUGGCCUUGGUUAGGCGCGGGUUUUGGCCUUGGAUUUACUUCUGGGAUUAUUGUGAGUGGAGCCGUGAUUACAUCAUUGUUGUUGUCUUUGCGCGGUAAUCGAGACUCUAUAUCGAAUACUACAUUUGUUGGUAUAACUCCUACUAUGAACAAUAAUGGAACCAACGUCACCCAGUCCACUACCCAGUCCACUACCAAGUCCACUACCAAGUCCACUACCCAGUCCACCAUCUUGUCCACCGUGGCCAGCAUGUUGAAUUUCAAUCCGCCUAUGUCUGUGGCCAGUGAUACGCCGGUGGAACGCCUCUGGCCGGAUGUGAAUGACAUAACGACGUUGAUUUCUGCGUCAGAGUUUGAGAAUCUGAGAGUCCCAUCCGAGACAUGCAAGGAGGCUUACAAUGCUGUGAUGGCAAGUAAUACAACAGCGCCAAUGUUUCCGGCAACAGCGGAUGGUUGGAGAAGCUUGGACUGGUCCCCAUGUCGCUUGGCGGGUGGUAAGAUAGUUUGUAUCGAUGACCUUAAGAGAACUGUUGUUUGUCAUUAUUUUGCGAAUCCUUUCAUGUAUGAUUUCCCAACUAUUUGGGAGGCCGGUGUGAAUUAUGACAAGCCGACUCGAUGUUCGUUUCAGUGUAAUGGUUAUUUACGAUACGUAUCGAAUCAGAAUGGCGGGAAUCAGAAUGGCGGUGCUAAAAAGCGUAUUUCGUCAGAACUUGAAUUGCUUAUGAUGCCUCGAUUCGCAAAAGAGGUCGCGGGUUCGAUUCCCGGCAUUGACGUUAGCGUUUUGAGUGAUGAGAAAAUACAAGAAUUAGGACUUGACACUUUGUACCUGACGGAUAUUAAUACAAACUGCAGUCAUGCCGACGAUCCUCGCCGCCCACAACCGAGUCGCGCACACAUCUCACCUCCGGGUUGCAAUUGCCUUCAUGCUGCCCUCGCAUGCGAUGUCCAAACGCCCACUGGUAACACAAUAAAUUGGGGCGCUAUUAUGGGAAUCAACAUCAUAGAAGAAGAACUCGCACAAUAUUACACAGCAUACAAAAGACAAAACCACAUGCCGACCAAGUGCUACUAUAAAUGCUACCAACCUAUUCCGAACAUGACACAGUCGCUUCUUAAGUAUUGGAACUAUACAACGGCACCAUCACAUGGCAAGAAAGUGCUACUACAAAUGGAGCAUUCCAAACAUGAAUCUAAACCACUGGAAGGUUAA